AUGAGAUUCAAUAUUGCCGCAAUUGCGGGAGCCCUUGUGGCUGUUUCUAUGGCAUUCCCACUUGACGCGUCGUUUGGAAAGGCUCAAGGGAAAGCCCAGCGUGAUGUCGAUGCAGCACGCGAGUACCUAGAAACAAUAUCAGUUGUGGAGCGUGACGUCGAGGGCAAGGCUCAAGGCAAAGCCCAGCGUGAUGUAAAUGAAGAAGACGAGUACCUAGAAACCUCCUUAGAGGUGGCUGAACGGGAUCUCGAAGGCAAAGCUCAAGGCAAGGCCCAACGUGAUCUUGAGGGGAAGGCUCAAGGUAAGGCCCAACGCGAUCUUGAGGGAAAGGCUCAGGGAAAGGCCCAGCGUGAUCUCGAAGGCAAAGCCCAAGGAAAGGCCCAGCGUGAUCUUGAGGGAAAGGCGCAGGGAAAGGCCCAGCGUGACCUCGAAGGCAAGGCUCAAGGUAAGGCCCAACGCGAUCUUGAGGGAAAGGCGCAGGGAAAGGCCCAGCGUGAUCUCGAAGGCAAAGCCCAAGGAAAGGCCCAGCGUGAUCUCGAAGGAAAAGCUCAAGGCAAGGCCCAACGCGAUCUUGAGGGCAAGGCUCAAGGAAAGGCCCAGCGUGAUCUCGAAGGCAAGGCCCAAGGCAAGGCCCAACGCGAUCUUGAGGGCAAGGCUCAAGGAAAGGCCCAGCGUGAUCUCGAAGGCAAAGCCCAAGGAAAGGCCCAGCGUGAUCUCGAAGGAAAAGCUCAAGGCAAGGCCCAGCGUGAUCUCGAAGGAAAAGCCCAAGGCAAGGCUCAGCGUGAUCUUGAGGGAAAGGCUCAAGGCAAAGCCCAGCGUGCAUAGAGCUGCUCACCGUGGAAAGUUACCCACUUCUCGCCAUCUCCAAAACCCGCACAUGUUGCCAAUCACUAUCACGUAGCUUUUUAGAGCUUCUGUAUAUUGGCUUUAGAGAAAAGUUAACGGAUAAGAGAUGUGGGAGGUUGGUUGCUACCAUCACUUUUCUUCCACAAAGAAGCUGUAUGGCUGUUUUGAAGAAGCGCUCUGUGUUCUCCUAGAU